GACGUUUACUAUUUAGAUGCCAUCAUCGAGUUAUUCAGUGACGACAUCUGGAAAUGGUAUUUAUUCCUUGCAAAAAACUAACGAAGGUACGAAAAAACAUAAAACUAAUUAAAUAUUGACGAAUUCUAUUUCUUCUAGAUGCACCACCAAAAAAUCCAUUACCAUUACGACUUGACGAACGAAAAGAUUGUGAAUUUGCUCUUCCAUUUCAUUAUGACAAUGGUGCUAGUGCAUCAACAAAUAUCGAUUUGGAUGAUGAUGAAUCACUUUUGAAACAAGUAUUAGCGAUAUCUCAAUUUGAAUAUAUUGAAGAAUUGAAAAAGUCAAAUCAAACAACUCAUUCAGGAGAGGCGAAUGUUUCUACAGUUCCAUCUACAUCGACAACAGUAAAUAAUGAAGAUCAGACAGAAAUUAAGGCUAAUAUUGACAAAAGCUUGUAA